UUCCCGCCAAUAUAUACUUUUGUCUGUUUCGCGCUUUUUGCGGUGUUAACAAACAGAAAUGUUUUACGCUUGUGAUUUGUGAUGUCCUUUUAUUUUAUGUUUUUUAUUUAAUCGUAACAUGUCCGGCUUCUCUUAAUUCCUUCCCUGAAAAUGGUUUUUGUAAAUGUAGAGGCUGAUGUAGAUCCGAAUCCUUGUGGUUCAGACCCCAACAAGAAACACAAACAGGAAGAUGACGUCCAUGCAGAAAGCGAAGAUUUCAGUGUUCCGAAGCGAACUAAACGCACGACUAUUAAAAACAACAUAACAAAUGAAAUCACAAUCAAGGGACCCAAAUUGAAACUUCAAAAGUGUAAUGUAUGCAAACAAAACUUGGACAAUGUUCUUAUUUACAAUGGACACCCCAAUAACUCCAGUGAAGAAUUCAUUGUCCUUACAAAUGAUAGGUUAUCAGUUUUUAAUGAAAAUAAUUUUUUUGACGAUCAAGAUAAUUUUCCCACGCACAAGAUUACCCACUUUAGUGUAUAUGAUGAGAAGGGACACUUGUGUCCAUUUGAUACAGGUCUGGUUGAAGCUGAUGUUUUCCUUAAGUUUUCCGGUUAUGUUAAACGAAUUGAUGAAGACAAUGCUAGUCCAGCAAACGGAAUUCCAGGCCACGAUUUAGGACCUAUUAUUGAAUGGUGGACUGCAGGGUAUGAUGGAGGUGACCUAGUUCCUAUUGGCUUUUCUACCCAGUUUGCCGAAUAUUAUUUAAUGGACCCUUCUCCUGAAUAUGAAACAAUUUUCAAAUGUGUUAAGCAAAAAAUUAAACUGGCAAAGGUUGUCAUUGAAUUUCUUUUGGACAAGUACAUGGAGAAUCCUAGUUAUGAGGAUCUGUUGAGACAAGUUGAAUGUUCAGGCAGUUAUCUUUCAGCAGAGGAUUCCCUUAUCCAAAAUGCUCAGUUUAUUUGUGAUCAGGUCCUAAAUAUCGAUAAAUACUAUCCAGAAGAAGAACCUCCCCUUAUUACCCUUCCGUGCAUAAGAUCAUUGGUGAAGCUGGCUGGUGUGAGUUUCAAGAUAGGAAAGAAAAUUCUGAGAUUAGAAAAGGGCGAAAAAGGUGCAAAGAGGACAGUUCUAUCCAAAGCAGUGACCACCAAGUUUGUUCGGGAGUUUUUCGAAAAAAUAUUUCCAGAACAGAUGGAUGACAAGCAAAGUGAAGGUAAAAAAGCACCAAAAAAACACAGAUGUGGGGUAUGCGAGGCCUGCCAGUCUCCUGACUGUGGCGAAUGCAACUUUUGCAGAGACAUGCUGAAGUUUGGAGGGCCUGGUAAGAUGAAACAAUCCUGCAAGGCCCGAAAGUGCCCCAAUAUGGCCAUAGCAGACGCAGAACUUUCAGACAACGAGGAUGAAUUAGAUUCCAAGAAAGUCAUUAAUGCUAAACAAAAAUUGUGCUCAAAAAAGAUACUCCAUAAGGAUAUUAAAUGGGAAGCCAAAUGUGAGAUCAAAUAUAGAAAUAAUGAUACUUAUUUUUCAGUUAUAAUUGAUGGGGUACAGGUACAGGUAGGCGAUUUUAUAACUUUAAAAUCAGAAAAUCCCAAUGAACCCUUAUGGAUUGCUAAAAUUAUCCACAUGUAUGAUGCUUUCCCUCAAAGAUUUAUGUUCCACGGUCUGCUGUUCUGUCGCGGUAGUGACACCAUAUUGACCGGCACGGCAGAUCCGAGAGAACUAUUCCUUGUGGAUGAAUGUGAAGAAUUACCACUGGGAAGUAUUAUCCGUAAAGCAAAAGUGGAGUAUUUACCUAUGGCAAAAGAUUGGUUCGAACUUGGGGGACUUACGGAUCUUGAACCUCAGCUCGAAGAUGAUGGGGAGAAUUUUUACUUCUCAAAACGAUACGAAAGCGAAUUUAGUAGAUUUGUGGACAUACAAAGCCAUGAGCUUAACAAUGACACUUGCAUCUCUUGUAGUCGUAAAGCAUCAGAAAAGCGUUAUAAUACUGCUGCAUACAAUGAUACUGAUGGCACAGUGAAGUGGAAGGAUAAUACUUAUGCUGUUAGCAGUGGAGUGUUGUUGGACCCUGAAGUGUAUAAUUUUUCAAAAUACCUAUCCUUAAACCAACCUGUCUCGAAGAGUGAUAAUGUGGAUGAGAGGGUUUAUCCUGAAUAUUACAGAAAGAAGAGUGACUGUAUCAAGGGCUCUAAUGUCGACACUCCCGAACCAUUUGUAAUUGGGAUUAUUGAAGAAAUAAAAGCAAAAAAAAGCAAUAUUGAUGUUAAAGUUAGGAUUUUUUGGCGGCCCGAAUACACUGGGAAUAUACUUCUGUCUCACUUAAAAGAUUUGAACUUCGUUUAUUGGUCUGACGAAGUAAUAACAACAUCAUUUGAGAACGUUAAAGGCAAAUGUUACAUCAGCUGUGCCGCAAAUGUCCAAUCUGCAACUGACUGGUGCAUGGAAGGGCCAUUAAGGUUUUACUUCGAUGAGGGGUUUAAUCAUAAAUCGAAAAAAUGUUAUGAACUUCCCUCUUCUGCUAAAAGGAUUGGAAUGAGCAAAGGCAAAGGAAUAAAGUCAAAAAGUAAGAUGACAAUGGACAAUGCCGUGGAAAUCCCACCUGCAUGGGGUAAAUUGGAGCAACCCCUUAGAGCAAUGGAUAUUUUUGCCGGAUGUGGAGGUCUGUCAGAAGGUCUACACCAAUCUGGUGUAUGUGACACAAACUGGGCGAUUGAAUUCGAUUUGGCUGCAGCCCAAGCGUUUCGUUUGAACUACCCCAAUGCCAAGGUAUUCUCAGACGAUUGCAACAUUAUCUUGAAGGAGGUAUUGAGCGGCGGAGGCCAAGAAAAGCUCUAUCCUCAGAAGGGACAGGUAGAGAUGUUGGUAGGCGGUCCGCCCUGCCAAGGAUUCUCUGGCAUGAAUCGGUUCAGUGCCGGUCAAUACUCGCAUUUCAAAAACUCCCUGGUGGCCACCUACCUGAGCUAUUGCGAAUAUUACAGACCAAAGUAUUUCGUACUGGAGAAUGUUAAGAAUUUCGUGUCCUUCAAACGCAGCAUGGUCCUAAAACUGACCAUUUCGUGCCUGAUAAAAAUGGGUUACCAAGUGACGUGGGGGGUGUUGCAAGCCGGCCAUUACGGCGUACCACAGACACGACGCAGGGUUUUUCUAAUGGCCGCCGCCCCCGGCCACGUGCUUCCUAGAUAUCCGGAACCCCAGCACGUGUUCAACAAAAGGGGCACCCAGCUCUCGUUCGUUGUCGACGAUUGUCGAUAUUCAAACGGGUGCGAGUGGACCGAGUCAGCGCCUUAUAGAACUAUAUGCGUGAAGGAUGCAAUGUCAGAUUUGCCGCCUAUUGCAAACGGGUGUAACAAAAUUCAAAUGCCUUAUGACGGAGAAGCAGUGUCCCAUUUUCAACGAUUGAUGAGGGGCAAAGAGGAAACUGACCUAGUGUGCGAUCAUAUUUGCAAGGAAAUGUCGCCCCUAGUUGAAGCGCGGAUAUCACAUAUUCCUACGGGACCAGGUAGCGACUGGCGGGACCUGCCCAAUAUCUUUGUUAAACUGAGUGAUGGGACCACAACAAAUAUUUUAAUUUAUUCACAUAGAUUGAAAAAGCAAAAAGGCACGGAUCAAUGCAAAGGAGUGUGCCAGUGCGCGACUGGAGGACCUUGCGAUCCUUCAGAUAAGCAAGUAAACACCCUGAUUCCCUGGUGUCUUCCUCACACAGGCGACCGUCAUAAUAACUGGGCCGGCUUGUACGGUAGAUUAGAAUGGGACGGAUUUUUCGGCACCACCAUCACCAAUCCCGAACCAAUGGGUAAACAGGGGCGGGUUCUCCACCCCGAGCAAAACAGGGUAGUAAGUGUACGGGAAUGCGCCAGAUCCCAAGGCUUUCCGGAUAAGUACAAAUUUCAUGGAAAUAUUUUGGAUAAACACAGACAAGUCGGCAACGCAGUGCCGCCGCCAAUGGCAGCUGCUAUCGGCAGAGAAAUUAAGAAGGCUUACUUGGAAACCAUCGGAAAUAAACAUUGAAUUGUUCUUUUAUUGUG